AUGCACGGGAUAGGCAGUCAUGUUGGCACGAUCAACGCGGGUGGCUCCUUUGGUGAACUUGCGCUCAUGUACAACGCCCCGCGUGCUGCCACGAUUGUCUCGGCAUCGCCCUUAUCUACCCUCUGGGCACUUGACCGUGUCACGUUUCGCAAAAUUCUACUGGAAUCCUCGUUUGCGCGAAGGCGCAUGUACGAGCACUUCCUCGCCGAGGAAGGCGACCAAGGCUCCACCUUUUAUCUCAUGGUCAGUGGUGAAGCGGACGCUUUCAAGUCCAACGAGGAGGGCGUGGUCAAGCACUACCAGAAGGGUGACUUUUUUGGAGAGCUUGCGUUGCUCAACGACAAGCCACGAGCAGCCACGGUAGUUGCGGCGACGGAUGUCAAGGUGGCCGUCCUAGGCAAGUCUGCUUUCCAGAGGAUGCUUGGGCCGGUCGAAAGUAUCAUGAGGAGGACUAAAUAUGUCGGCGUGAAAUCCGGGGUUGAAGAGAUGGACCCUCUGCAAAAGGACUAG